AUGGAGCUCCCUGAAGGCACGCUGCCACUUAAAGUCCUUCCUCUGGAGGGAGAGCAAGACUGCCGUCUUGGUCGACCAGCUGGCCCACUCUCAACAGAGCAAGAUCUAGAACUAGGUGCCCCAGGUCUGCCCCUAGUGGCAGAGGUUGGUCUUUCUGGUAGCGAUGUCCUUAGGUUUGGAGGCGCAUCAAGAGAGAAACCAGGCAUUUCAGAUGGUUUCCAUGGUCUUGAUUUGACAGUAGGAGAGCUGCCUCUUGAAGGUGUUGGUGCUGCUGUUUUCGCUGGUGAAGAACCUUUGGGCAUUGUAGAACCUGGUUUGGAGAUUGAGGACGAUCUAACUGGUGCAGCCAAGUUACCAUGCUGGGCCGAAGGGGCAGAAUGUCGCCUUGUUGGGGUUGAUGCCCUUGAUGUAGGCUUGCUUUGCGCUGGUAUGGAGGGUCUGGAUGAUGGUGUUGUUGACCUGGUAGCAGGUAUUGAUGACCUUGAAGUAGGUGUUGAUGACCUACUAGCAGGCGCGGAUACUCUGCCUGAAGGAGCUGAAGUCCUGCUAGCAGGGUCAACUGCCCUGCUUGAAGGGGUUGUUGACCUGGCUGACGGGAGUGUUGAUCUAGAAGUCGGUGUUGAUGAUCUUGGCGCAGAAGCUCCAGUUUUGGCAGGAACAGUUGUCCGGGAAGUGGGGGUCAAGAUCUUGAACCUUUGGAACUAG